AUGCCCUUGCGAAGGAUGCCAAGGAAGACAUGGCGGCGACUGAUCAAAGCCGAGCGUCAUCGCCUGUGGGGUAUGAGAAGUUGUCGGCGUCCGACGCAUGAACCCGAAAUCGUUUCUUUUCGUUUCGUCGACAAAAAAGAGAAGGCGUCCGGUUACGUCCGGCAAAGGCUAUGGUCCGUCUGCUGUCCAGGAUGGUUCAGCAUGAGUAGCUGCGGUGGAUGGACGGAGCGUGCUGGUCACGGUGGCGUAGCCCAGGCAGGCAGUCAUGGCCCUGAAGGUGAUCAUGCCGUCGGCGGCGAUGUUGGCUACGAUGCAGCUCUUGGGCCGAACAGCUUACGUCUGGUGAUGCUCCGAAGGCGACGACAAGUGCCUUGCGCCGGUUUCGAGGAGGUCGACUGA